AAAAAUUCAAGGUCCAAUUUCAGUUGGUGAUUAGGUCUGACCAGGGACAGUCCACCUCUGACCAGUUCAGCAGAUCAGUAUCUGAACAUCACAUUUAAAGAUGGGAGACUGGGGAUUCCUGUCGGCUUUGCUGGACAAGGUCCAGUCCCACUCCACUGUCAUCGGGAAGAUCUGGAUGAGCGUCCUCUUCCUGUUCAGGAUCAUGGUUUUGGGAGCAGGUGCCGAGAGCGUCUGGGGCGACGAGCAGUCGGGUUUCAUCUGCAACACUCAGCAACCUGGUUGUGAGAACGUCUGCUACGACUGGAUCUUCCCCAUCUCGCACAUUCGCUUCUGGGUCCUCCAGAUCAUCUUCGUCUCCACGCCGACGCUCAUCUACCUGGGCCACGCUCUGCACGUCAUCCACGCCGAGAACAAGAUGAGGGAGCGGAAGCUGAUCUCUGGUGGGACCAAGCUGAGCAAAGAGCCCAAGUACACAGACGACAAGGGGAAGGUGAAGAUCAAGGGGAACCUGCUGGGGAGCUACCUGACACAGCUCGGUUUUAAGAUCGUCAUUGAAGCUGCCUUCAUCAUUGGCCAGUACUACCUGUACGGCUUCAUCAUGGUCCCCAUGUUCCCCUGCUCCAAGAAGCCCUGUCCCUUCACCGUGGAGUGCUACAUGUCCCGACCCACGGAGAAGACCAUCUUCAUCAUCUUCAUGCUGGUGGUGGCCUGCGUCUCUCUGUUCCUCAACAUCAUCGAGGUGUUCUACCUGAUCUGUUCCAGGUGCAAGCGGAGGUCCAAGCGGGGGACGCGGCACAUUAACUCGUCGGAGAACCCCGCCAGCCUGUCCAACUACAGGCGGACGACGAAGGAGGAUGAGGCGCUGAAGCAGAACAAGCUGAACAUGGAGAUGGAGAACAGCAACAGUAUCGGAGGAGGCCUGGACGGGGCCAAGGAGGAGAGACCUCUCCUGAACACUCAUUAAAAUGUAUUGUCUUGUUUUCAUGUGUAAGAGACUGAGGUUGUAUAACUGUGUGGUGAAAGAAGAUAUGAAAUAAAAGCUGUUUUGUAGCGUAAUGAUUAAAGCUCAGGUGAUAUUUAGGGGCCACAUUGUUUGAAUUUAAUUUUAAUUUUGUACUUUUUUUUGUAGAAAUCGAAUGAUUUAUGAAAAUGUGCAAUACUGAUAAUUAUUUAUUUAUCUGUGAGUGAGCAGAAUGUUGUCUGUGCCCAGUUAUUGAAUGUGUCCUUUAUUAAGUUAUUGUCAUGUUCAUUAUCUAGGACUUGAAAUUACUUUGCUUACUGAACAAUGAUGAUGAUGAUGAUGAUCGCGGUGAAGAAACUCUGAUGUCAUUUUUUUGUAUGUUUUUUCUCAUUUUUA